AUGACUGCAGCUACAUGCCACUUUUUACCUCUAUCAGCUGCUCAGAACAUUGCUGCUUGCAAUAUUACAACAAAAAGACAAAAACGUCUCAUUACCGAUUUCAUUAGUCUAGGCAUGGGAGCUAUCAAUCUCGGUAUAUCUGCCGCUAAUAGUAUGCAAAUAUCAAACCUUCAGAAACAAGUAGCAGUCGUGGAAAAAGCCCUCACAGAAUACUCUCACAAUCUGCAAAUACAGGGAGCCCAACUAGCAAAAAUUCAUGCAAAUCAGAUUGAAUUGGCAGAUGAACUUCGAGUAACACAACAAGUUCUCAAUACUAUGAUCCCUAUUUUAAGCUCACACUCAGAAUCUAUUAAUACUCUUAAAAGUGGUAUUGAACAGUUACAUAUUCAGCUUCAACGGUCCUUUCUCUAUUUAGCGAUAACUCAGAUCCUUCGAAACGAUCUCACCUUAGGCUUUUUGUUGCCAGACGACUUGUAUAAAGUAAUUUAUCACGUCAUCCAACAAGGAAACUUAACAUUUAAUUCUCGACAUGGAUCAAUUCCUGUUGUCCAAAUCAUCACUAAACUUCUUGUUCGUCAACAGAUAGACUUCAUUCCUAGUUCACAAUAUAAAGCUCAGAAUCCGCAGGAAAUUGGUCGUCUUGUCAUCACUAGUUUUUUCGCUGUUCCACAACAGAAACACACCUCCUUUCUCACUUAUAAAUUACUGGCGGUUCCCUUCUUUUAUAAGAAUCAAACUCUGCAACUAACUCAAAUUCCUCGAUACUGGGCCAUCAAUCCAACAAAUAACAUGACUAUGGAAUGGCAUGAUCCUCACGAAUCUGGAUGUGACCUCCAGUUAAUGACAUCAUGCCGUGAUACUCCACCAAUUCAGACAAUGCCCGAAGAAACUUGCCUAGAAACAUGGUCGCCUCUUCCAACACCAUCAACAGCAUUACAUUGUAACAGCAUGCCAACCCAAACGAAAUCAAAUUUAUUCAAACAACAACAAUGGCAAGAACAUGAAAGCAGCUACCAACAACACUUAAAGCCUCUGAUGUUACUAGAGUGUGGCCCAUCAUUUCAUCGAAACUAUCGUACUAUGCCUUACCCAAUACCACUCAUGUCAUUACAUCCUCCUUGUUAUCAGUCACCAUCUGCUGGUUCAAUCAAUACUCAAACAAAUCUUUGUAACAAGUGGACAUCCGAUCGUUUACAUAAUAAUUCGAAACGGCAUCGCCAAAUAAACCGACACAAAUAUUUUAAAAGUCAUUCGAAAAGUAAAUUCAAUCCCAAGCCUAUUAAUAAUAUCAACACAAAUUCACGAAUAGCAGGAACAAUACAAAAUGAAAUGAAGGAACCAGAAGAAUAUGAAACACCUUCAGUAAUUGAUGAAUCUUCUCUAGAUAUCAACGACAUUAUUCAUACGGAGAUGAUUGAACUCUCAUAA